AUGAGCAGCACUGUGAGUACCCCCACCCCUCUCCUUCCCCUUCCCCUGCAGGCCCUCUACCCAAUCAAGCGAUUCAUCACAAACAAGAGCCUAUAUAAAUAUCGCAUCAGUUUGAAGAAUUUUAAAAAUGAGGUGUUAAAAAUUUACACCAUCGAAUUCGAGCAGUUUCACCAAUCACCCAAAACGAAGAUUAGCUACCCCGCCUUUGAGGAGCUCGUGUGGGAUCUCUUCACGUACGUCGAGAUGCAGAUGUGCGAGGCGUACGGCGCAGAUAAAACGUUUGAAAUUUCCUUCGACUUGGUCAAGGACCACGAGACGACUUCCACGACGAGCGAAAAUUUGACGAGGGAUUGGGAGUUAAUAUCAUACGAUACCCUCGAUCUGUUUGAUAAAAAAAUGAUCAAAAGUAUCAACGUCUUUCAGGACAACGAGUUCAACCCGAUAUGUCAGGUCUACGUGGAGCACAGAAGAGACGCCGCACAGACGGACAGAGCGUAG